GAACCUUGGCACGGUGAGUAAACCCUAACUUAAUAACAAGCCCCCAAAUUUCUCUGAAACCCAAAGUUGGCGGCAACCUCUGAGAUGCAGCUCUUGGACGGCGGCAGUGACUCAGAGAACGAAGAGAAGAAUGCUCCGAGUCUCAAAAUCAAUGAAGAAUACGCUCGCCGCUACGAGCACAACAAGAAUCGGGAGGACCUCCACCGUUACGAGGAUCUCAAGAAGCGUGGCCUCGUCGACGACCCCUCUGCUUCUGACGAUUCCUCCGACGAUGACGACGACGACCUCGUUCUGGCCGCCAGCUCCAAGCAGAAGGACUUGGAGUUCUUCGAUGCUAUCAUCAAGGUUAGAAACCGAGACCCUAUCUUGAAAAACAAAGAGGUCGAGUUGUUUAAAUCUGAUGAUACUGAAGAAGCUGAAGAUGAUGCUAGUCUAGUUAAAGAGGAGGAUAGUAAAGCUAAAUCUAGGAAGAAAAAGAGUAGCAAUGAAACUGAGGAUAGUAAAGAGGAGGAUAAGAAAACUAAGAAGAAGAAGAAGAAAAAGGUUUACUUGAAAGAUGUGGUGGCUAAUCAUUUAUUAGAAGACGGUGCCGAACUUCCGGAGGAUGAUGAUAGGGACUUCCCCAAGAGCUAUAAUGAAGAGCAAGAGCAGAUUAGAAGAGAGUUUUUGGCAGCAGCUGCCAAGGAGGAAGAAGAUGAUGAGGGGGAGAUAUUGAGAGUCAAAGACGGGAGUAAUGCUGUGGGGGAUGAAGCUGAUGAGGAGUUCGAUAAGAAAUUGGAUGAGUAUUUUGGUCAAGACUUGGAUGAAAAUGCUAGGUUUCUCAGGGAUUUUUUUAAGAAUAAGAUGUGGUUGGACAAGGGGAGUCAGGGAAGAGGUGGUGUUGAGGUAAGGGAGGAGGAUUUGGAGAUGGUGUCGGAGGACGAGAUGGAGAUUGAGAAGCAGGAGGAGUACGAGUAUAGGUUCCAGGAGAAUGCAGGUGAUCAGGUUUUGGGGCAUGCCAGGGAGGUCGAGGGGUCGGUGAGGAAGAAGGUCAAGGCGAGGAAGGAGCAGAGGAAGAGCAAGGAGGAGAGAAUGGAGAUUGCAAGGUUGGAGAGGGAGGAGGAGUUGAGGCAUUUGAAGAAUUUGAAGAAGAAGGAGAAUGAUGACAGGAUAAAGAAGAUAAUGAAGAUUGCAGGGAUCAAAGAGGGCGAGGAGUCCUUGUUUGAUCCCAAAGAGUUGGAGCAUGAAUUUGAUCCCCAGGAGUAUGACAGGAUGAUGAAGAAAGCUUUUAAUGACGAGUAUUAUGAGGAUGAUGACACAGGCUUCUGUAGCGAUAUGGAUGAGGAUGGUGGUGAUAUUGAGAAACCGGAUUUUGAUAAGGAGGAUGAGUUACUUGGACUUCCAAAAGGUUGGGAUGGUGCUGGGUCUGGUGAUGGUUUCUUAGGUGCAAGGGAGAAGAUUUUAAAGCUAAAAGAGGAGACUGGUACAGAUAGUGAAGAAGCAGAAGAAAGCCAAGAAGAAGGAAAAGAAGAAGAUGGUGAAGAAGAGGAAGAUAAAGAAGAAGAUAGUGAAGAAGAUGAAGAAGGAGAAGAAGAAGAAGAGAAACUGAGCAAAGAAGGUAAACAAGAGAAAAAGCGUAAGUUAGCUAUUUUGGAGAGAGCUAAAAAGGAGAUGUUGGAUGAAUACUAUAAAUUAGACUAUGAAGAUACAAUUGGAGACUUGAAGACCAGAUUUAGGUAUGCUAAAAUAAAACCUAAUAGAUUUGGGUUGACUACUGCUGAGGUAUUAAUGAUGGAUGAAAAGGACUUGAAUCAAUAUGUAUCUUUAAAAAAACUUGCUCCAUAUGCGGAGAAGGAGUGGAAGGUACCCAAUAGUAAGAGAAACGAGAUGAAGAAGAGGGCCAGAGAGGUAUUCGCACAUGGAACAAUGGAUCAUAAAAAAAGUAAGAAGUUGAGAAUUAUAGAUGAUUCGAAGGGUUCAAGUUCAUCAACACCAGCUGAGGAACAAGUACAGGACUCAAUUGGUGAUACAAGCAAAUUAUCUAGGAAAGCUAGAAGAAAGCAGAAUAAAAAGGUUGCAGCAUUGCCCCCUUCCAGGCUCAUUGCUUAUGGAAUGGUGCCUCCAAAAACUAAGAACAAAGGAAAGCAGUGAUCUGAGCGGUAAACAGGUUUGAUGUUCACAGACAUGGAGAGGGAUAUGAGAAUUACAAUCUUGCAAAGGUGAGAGCGUCUCGUGACUUUAUGUCCAGCUGACCACAGAACAAAAGGCAAACAUGGUAGGAGCAUGGAGAAAAAGGAAGAGACCAGAGGACCCCUUUUCUCAAACUAUUGUUUUUUGGUUGUCCGGAUAAACAUUUUGCUUUGAGUAGAAAGUAUGAACAUCAGGUUUUGCGGCCUGGAAAUAUCAACAAUUUGACAGGGAUGAUUUUUUGUCUUUUUGGUAUGUGUUAGAACUUUGAAGACUGUUGAUGGGUGAC